GUCUGGGAUUUGCGUGGGAUUCCAUUUGUUUUUUUCUGGCCCCCCAACUUCUUCUUCUACCCCCCCUCCCCGCCUCUCUCUUUUGUACCAGCACUAGUGUGGUGUGUUAGGGAGCAUCACUAGCAGAGACUUGCACGUAGAGAGGGAGGGGGAGAGAGAAGGAGAGGGAGAACAUUGUCUCCUAGGACUCAUUACUCCCCAUUGACCAAAUGAUGCUGGGGUGGGAAGAGGAAGAGGAGAGUUCAGAGUGCAGCAGUGGGUGCCAGUCUGGGUGGACCAUGUACUUGGACCAGUCCGAUGAGCCCCCAACCUCUCUUCCCUUCAAAGUAGCUGCCUCCAUUGAGCAAGAGGGAGAGGAGGAGGAGGAGGACUUAUCUAUGGUCUCUGAUGCAUCCUCUGGGCCACCCCAUUUCCCUGAAGAAGAUGAGAACCACUACUAUUCUCACCCCAACACUUGCUAUAAUGGCAAUGGGUGCCUCUUCUAUGCCUCCACUCUUCCAACUGCCUCAGCUGCUCCAUUGGCUAACAAUGGUGGCAAGAGGAGGAGAGUUGAGGGUAAGGAACAGAGAGAGUCUUCCUCUCCCUUGGAUGACACUGCCAGCUCCCCUCUCUUCAGCUUCCCUAAUACUAGCUUCAAUGCUACCAGCAACAAUGUGAAGCCUUCCAUGGAGAAUGUUUUGGAGUUCUCUUGUGGCUUCUCUGCGACCCAUUUUAAGGGGAAGUCUGCAUUGCAUAAGCAAAUGGGUUACCUGCAUUCCUCUGCUCCUGCGACGCCGACUCCUGCAAGACCAGUAUGCAGGGAUGAAAGUGAGAGAAAGAUAUGGUGAGCUCUAUGGAAGAAUAUGUAUAGAUCUCCAAGAGAUCCUUCUUUGGCCUUGUUUUAUUUAUUUUCAUUUUCUUCUCUGCUGUUUUGCUUUUUUCCUGUCAAUGCCGUGGGAAACAACCUGAGCAAAGGAGAAGAGAAAAUAAAAAUUGUCUUUGUUUUGUUUUUACUGAAUUCUUUGUCAUGAAUGGGGGUAGCAAAAUGGGUGUUGUGGGUUCUGUU